GUAUGGAAACUGGCUUGGCAUGUCAGCUCUGGAUGGGUGAGACUUCUGCAGCCAAGUCAGAGGGGAUGUGGGCUGAACGAGGUCCUUCCUCUGGUGCUGUGCUUUGCCCUUCUGCUGAAGCCCAUCAAGCACCAAGAGCUGGAUUUCAGCAGGGCAGUCCAGCUGGAAAAUGUGGUGCUGACUCUUAAGCACUUCUCCUGAGGGCGAAGUGGGUCCUGAGCAGGAUGCAGCAGCCAGCGACUGGUGAUAGAAGCACAGCCAUUCCCUCACCAGGUCCAUCUCAGACCAGCUUUGAUGCUGGCUCAUACUAUGCACGCCGCUGCAUCACUGAGGACCCCAACUGGUCCCUUGUCACUGUCCCGCACCUCACUGAGCUCUGCCUCCAGCACAUUGUUCGCAAUUUUGAAAAGAACCCUAUUUUGAACUAUCUUCUGCCUGAACACCAAAGGAAGGUACUGGACAGGCUCCCCACUGGCCUUCCACUCGCUGUGACUGCCAACCUAGUAAGCGAUGAGGAGUACUGGAAGAGGUGCUGUACUGAGCGGUGGCAACUGUGUGAUGUCUCCAACUAUGGAGACAGCUGGAAACGGAUGUUCUUUGAACGUCACCUGGAGAACAUCCUGAAAUGUUUCAUCCCUAACAGCACAGACCCCAACCAGGUCCUAGAGCUCAUCCCGCUCUGCAAAGGCUAUGUGCGGAAACUGGAGAUCGAUCAGUUCCUGCCACCAGUGAAGGUGGAUCAAAAAGAGGAGAGGGAUGACCUCUCUGAUACAGGGAGUGACGUUGAAUCUGGUGAGGUCUCCGUGCAACAUUACGACCUGAAAGAUCUCAUUACUGCUCUCCCUCACCUUGAAGAGCUUCAUCUCACUUAUGGCGUGAAGGACUGUGGCAUGAACUUUGAGUGGAACCUCUUUAACUUCACCAACCAGGACUGCUGCAAUUUGGCUGCUGCCAUCAAGAUGUGCCACAACCUGAAAGUUUUCAAGCUGACACGAAGCAAUGUGGAUGAUGAAAAAACCAAGCUGCUGGCCCGUAACUUGCUGGAUCACCCCUGCUUGGUGGAGCUGAAUUUGUCCCAUAAUCUCAUCAGGGACAAGGGGGCACAAGCUCUUGGCAAGCUGAUCAGUCGCAGCAGAUUAGAAAUCCUUGAUCUGUGUAACAACCAGAUCCAUCACCUAGGGGCUCAGGCUCUUGCUCAAGCCCUGGCUGAGAAGUCCACCCUGACCUCACUGAAUCUGCGCCUCAACUGCGUGGAGGACAAGGGCGGGGAGGCAAUUGGCCAUGCCCUGUUGACCAACACCACCCUGAAGUCCAUCCAUCUGGGAAGUAAUAACCUGUCAGAGCCAACUGCUACACUGUUCUCCCAGGUCCUGGCUCAGAACACCACCCUGAGGAGCAUCAUUUCAUGCAACCACCUGGGGCUGGAUGGUGGGAAGCAGCUGCUUGCAGGGCUGGCAGACAACAAGACUUUGACUGAGCUUGACCUCCGCCGGGCAGAGGUGGACCAGGAGGCUGAGUACUUCAUUCACCAAAUUGUGUGGGCCAAUAGGGAAGCAGUGAGGCUGCAGCACCCCAUCGCCAAGCCCCCCUGAAUAAAAUGCUCCAGCACAACGAGCUUGGGAGGUACAGCGUUGGAGAUACUUUUCUUCAGAGUCUUGGUUUUAUUUGUAUUUCUGAGAAACACUUAUCUUGUGGCUGUCAUUGCAGCCUUUCCCAGACCCCCAUCAUCCAACCUGUGGCUUAAUAGGAGACAGUCGUUAGACCUGAAGGGACUGUAGUGGCACCACAGAGCAAUCUGCCUCUUGAGCCCCCUCUCUGUCAUUGCACACCAGACUAUAUUCCACCUCCUGUGGUGCUUCUAAAGUGCCCCAGCAGUAAGCUGAGUUCAGGUAAUUGUUCCACCUGUAAAGCAGCUAAGGUGAAGCCUCUGCCAUCUAAAUAGUUUAGUCCAGAGCUAACUUUCAGGGCAGGCAGCUUUUUUAAGCAUUUUGCUGAGGAGGAUGUGAGAUGCAUAGGGGAUUGAGGGAAUGUUGUUUCUAGUUCCUUGGCAGCUUUUUCUGGAUACUGCUCUACUCAAGAAUUUAUCUGUAUUUAUAGCAAAAUCUGUCUGGAGUCUGAUAUGGAUGGUGAAAAGCACUAAGAAAUAAAUUUAAUAAAUCAUAGGUCUCGCCA